AUGACUGCUGCUGUCGCUGUCACUGGGCUGCUGAACAGAAAACCAAAGGUUCUGUGCUUUCUCAAGAGGGCCUCACUCUUACGUAAGCUUGCACGCUCACUGUGGCCCGUCACCUCUCGUGUCGAGCUCGAGUCUCACAUGGGUCAGAAGAUGCCAGAGUCUGCCAAGCCCGGCCCUGCCCCUCUCCCCCCCACCAGCCCUCCCGGGCCCAGCAGCGGCAGCAGUGGCAAUGGCAAGCGCGCUCCUUCCUCAUCCUCCUCUUCCUCCUCCUCCUCCUCCUCCUCCUGCACCUCUAGCGCUCCCCAGCAGCAGCAGACCCAGCAGCAGCAGACGGCCGGUCCGCGUUACCCGCCCCGAGAGGUGCCCCCGCGUUUCCGCCAGCACGAACACAAGCAGCUUCUGAAGCGGGGCCAGCCUCUCCCGCCCGGUACCCUGACCCUGACCUCUGCACCGGCGCCUCUGACCCCGGCCCAGCAGUCCUCUUCGGCCUCUGGCCCAACGUGCGCUGGCACUUCGCAGACACCAGCAGCCUCCAGUAAAGCUCCGGCAUCAGAUCUCCCUCUGCAGACUGCUCAGGGAGCUCAGUAUGAAAAUCCCCAUUGGGGACACCUACACACCAAUCGCAGUGCCACUACGACCAACACCAAUACCCUCAAUCCCAGCAGCAGUGGUGGAGGAGGAGGAGGAGGAGGAAGCAACUGGGAUCAACUGAUCAUCGACGAGAGCGACACCGAGGGGUGGCCCUCCAUAUCCCGCCGUGAGAGCCACACCCCUGCAGGAUGCCCCGCCACUUCUGACUGCAUCUCUGAGAGCAGCGGCGGCGGCAUCAGCAGCGGCAGCACAAGCAUGGCCUCCGGGCCCAGCCACACGGGCCACUUCUCAGCCAAUCACCCCAACGGCAAAGCCGGCGCUGGCCACUCCGGCGGAGCUCAGCUCCCUGGCCAGGGUGGUGGUGCCAAUAGGGGCUGGGGCUCCAACCCCACCCAGGGCCCCUUCCCCGACGGGAAGGGCGACGGUGCCGGCGGCUUGCCGAUAGGAGGAAGGUCCCAGCCCUGCUGGGGCUCCUCUAGCUUUAACUUGAACCUGAACCCCAGUGCCAACCCCUCGGCCUGGCCAGUCUUGGGCCACGAGGGGCCUGGUCCCGGGGGCGGCAGCUCUGGAGGAGGAGGAGGGGGAGGGACUAACCAGUCUCCCGGCGGCAAUAACCUCUGCAGUCCCUCUGCAUGCCUGACCCCCAAUCAGGGCGCCAACGGGAACCCUGCCUCCGGAUCAGGCAGCGCCUGGGGUGGCAUGAUGCCCGCCGAGGCCCAGGAGUCACACCGCCACCACUCCCCGUCCACGAAUGUGUCUUUCAGCUCCUCAGAACCUCAGAACCUUAACACUGACGGACCAAAUCACACUAGGCAGCAGCAGCAGGAGAUGCCCAACCCCGUCCAAGGCCUGCCGGCGUGGGGUACCGCUGGCGGCCAAGCCAUGUCUGGUGGAGCCUCCCAGGUGAAUGGAGAGGACGUCUCUGCUUGGAACAAUGGCGACUCCAAGUCGGCCCCCUCCAAGGACUCUGGGUGGGAGUCAGCGACUGGCUGGGGUCAUGGCGGAAGUUCGGCGGCCAGUGGUGGUGGUGGCACCGGCGGCUGGGGGCAGCCCUCAGGCGGAGACUGGGGAAAGCCCUCUGGCGGCGACGUCAAAGGCUGGGACGCGGUCAGUUCUCCCUCGCAGGAGCAGCUUGCUGGUUGGGGCCAAGGGGGGACUACACCAGCCAGUGAGGGCAGUGUUGACAGCCAGGACACGCAGCAGUCUAACAGGGAUGGUUCAUCUAGGAAAGAGCCUGUCCCAGUGGUGCCUGCGCAAGACCUGGACCCAAGGGUGCUCUGCAACACAGGCUGGGGUCAGACCCCGGUCCGGCAGCACACAGCCUGGGAGAUUGAAGAGGCAGCUCGUGCCGGGAACAAGAAUGACUCUGGCACCGAAGUCUGGGGCUCAUCCUCAUCCAGCAUUCCUUCUACUGGUCCUCAACCAAACACCAAUCCUGGACCUCCAUCAAUACCGGAACCAGCUGGAAAGAGCCAUGACUCCUGCUCCAGCAUUGCAGCUAACUCUGGCUGGGGAACUGUGAUGCCAACCCCCAACCAGUCUGGGGGUUCUGGAUGGGGAGAGCCUCCCAGCAACAAGAAACCCACCAAUGGGCCGAAUGGAGGCUGGAGCAACACACCUCCACAAGCAGGGGGCCCUGGGUCCGGCAUGUCCAAGAAUGGGCAGUCCUGGGGUUCGGAUGACAAGUCUCCCAGCUGGGACAAUCCCAACAACAACAAAGCCAAACCCCAGGGUUGGGGCGAUGGGCCCAAAGUGUCCCACAGCUGGGGUAAAGGAGGGGAUGGAGGAUCUGCCGGAGAUUGGGGAGAUCCAGGAGAUGGCAAGAAGAGAAGCCCAACCAGCUCGACCUGGGAGGGGGAUGGAGGAGGCUGGAAGGAUAGUGGCCACAACUGGGGAAAGCCUGCCCCAGCUGCAGGUGGAGGACCAGGCAUGAUUGGAGGAGGAGGAGGAAGUGGAGGAGGUGGAGGAGGAUGGGGUGAACCACAGAGACCUAGCGGCCCUUCCCAAGGCUGGGGCAGUAAGCCUCAGGAAGGCAGCAAUGGCAACACCAGCGGAGGAGGAGGAGGACGCAUGGGCUCAUGGAGUGGCCCCAACUCUGUGAAGCAGCCUAGCUCUGGUUGGGGUGGAGGAGGUGGAGGAGGAGUGAAGCAGGGACGCCCUGGGGAGCCCACAGGCUGGGAGGAACCCUCCCCACCCUCCAUCCGCCGCAAGAUGGAGAUCGACGAUGGUACUUCGGCUUGGGGAGACCCAACCUCUUACAACAAGACGGUCAACCUCUGGGACAAGAACAACCCCGGGGGGAAGGGCAAGAGCGGGCCCACAGGGGGCCACAGUGGCGGCAGCAACAACAACAACCCACCCUCUGGCAACAACCCACCCUCCCACCACCUGCACCACCCCCACCACGGUCCACCUCCCAUGCCCAGCCUGAGCCAUAACCAUAAUCACAGCCAUGGCCCUGGCAACAACAACAAUGGCAGCUCACCUGAUGGUGGUGGUGGCCCUCAUCAACCUGGACCGCCACAUACCAGAGCACCUCUAAUGAAUCCAGGUUGGGGGGAAAUGUCCAACGUCCACUCGAAGCCAGAGCCUUCCUGGGGGGAGCCAGCGCCCCCUGCAGUCUCUGUGGACAAUGGCACCGCAGCCUGGGGCAAGCCCACUGGGAGCUGUGGAGGCUGGGGGGACGGUGGCCCCGAUGUCUACAGCCGGGGCAACCCACCCCCUGGACAAGCACCCUGCAAACCAGCCCCCAAAUCUAUGCAAGAUGGCUGGGGAGGUGGAGGGGAGGAGAUGGGCAUGUCUGGGAGCCAGUGGGAGUCUGAGGACGGGGACAUGUGGAACAGCACCACCCCCCAGGAGAGCGGCAACUCCUGCAACUCCUGGGGUAAUCCAGCCAAGAAGGGACCACCGAAGGGGAAGCUUCCCAGUAAGCCAGACGAGACCUGGAUCAUGAACCGCCUCAUCAAACAGCUGACUGAUAUGGGCUUCCCGAGAGACCCUGCGGAGGAGGCUCUGAAAAGCAACAACAUGAACCUGGAUCAGGCCAUGAGCGCCCUGCUGGAGAAGAAGACUGAACUGGACAAGCGAGGCAUGGGGAUCUCCGACUACAACAACGGCUUGGUCACCAAGCAGAUGGGCUGCAGGCCUCCGCUCAUCUCCAAAGACUCCUCCUCAGACCGCAACCCCCUCUGUGACAAGGAUGGCGGCCUGGUGGAAGACAACCACACCUCACCGUUUCUGCCUUCUCCCGGCCUGAAGCUCCCGCUGGCCAGUCCCUCCAUCCCUGGUCAGGGCCUGGGGGUCGCCAUGCAAAACUUGAACAACAGACAGAUGCAGAGUGGAAUGUUUGUGAGUAGUGGAGCGGCUCAAGCAGCGCGGGCCCUGCAGCAGCAGCAGCCUCCUCCUCCUCAGCCGUCAGUGCCGCCUCUCAGUUCCUCCCAGCCUAGUCUACGCGCUCAAGUGCCUCAGUUUCUCUCCCCUCAGGUUCAAGCACAGCUCUUACAGUUCGCAGCAAAAAACAUUGGACUCAACCCUGCACUUUUAACGUCACCAAUAAACCCUCAACAUAUGACCCUGUUGAACCAACUGUACCAGUUACAGCUGGCAUACCAACGUUUACAGAUACAGCAGCAGAUGUUGCAGGCACAGCGCAAUGUUUCUGGCCCCAUCAGACAGCAAGAGCAACAAGUUGCACGUACAAUCAACAACAUGCAGCAGCAGAUUCAGCAGCACCAGAGGCAGCUGGCCCAGGCUCUGCUCAUGAAGCAGCAGCAGCAGCAACCUCCUCCACCCCAGCCCACCACACACCCUGGCCUGCACCCCAGCGCCGGCAAAUCAGCCCUGGAUAACUUCCCAGGCCAGCCCCAGGCUCCAGGCCUCUCCGACCUGCAGACCAAAGAGACCCAGUCUUCUGCCAACUACAGCCCUUACACACUCCCAGCCGGACUGAACCCCAACAUGAAUGUAGACUGCAUGGACAUGGGAGGGCUCUCCCUGAAGGAGCCGCCGCAGCCCCAGUCACGGCUGUCCCAGUGGACGCACCCCAACUCCAUGGAGACCCUCUCUGGAGGCUCCUCGCCCACGGAGCCCAGCCUCAGCAAGCAUGGUGCCAUAACUGCUGCCCCCAGUCUGGGUCCUCCGGGGAAGCCUCCACUGGACGACUCGUACAGCCCCUAUAAUCUGAUGUCCAGCACAGACUCGCCCACCAGCCCUCUGGUGCCACACGAGAGCUGGGCACCGGGCAAGAGUGCCAGCGACAAGAUCUCCAAUGGGACCAGUGUCAGCUGGCCUCCUGAAUUCUGCCCUGGAGUGCCAUGGAAAGGACUACAAAACAUUGACCCCGAGAAUGACCCUAAUAUGACCCCAGGAAGUGUUCCCAGCGGACCAACCAUCAACACCAACAUCCAGGAUGUCAACCGCUAUCUGCUCCGAGACCGGAGUGGAGGUACGAGAAGAGUCCAAGAGAGCUCCUCGCCUGUGUCCCCUGAGGCCGAGGCCUCGCUGGCUCCCUCGGGCGCCUGGCCUGUCAGUGCCUACGCUAGCCCCUUCCCUCUGUCCUCGCCCGAGGCAGACGACACAGGCAAGCUGUCGGACAUGAAGUCCACCUGGUCGCCGGGGCCCAUCUCGCACACGCAGCCCUCGCUGUCGCAUGAGCUCUGGAAGGUUCCGCAGCAGGGUCCACGCAGCACCGGCAUUUCCCUGACCCGGCCUCCGCCGGGCCUCACCAACCCCAGCAAGCCCACCCAGUCGUCCACCUGGGGUGCCAACUCCCUGGGCCUGGCCCCCGGCUGGAGCAGCUCGUACUCCUCAGGUACCACCUGGAGCACUGACAGCUCCAGCAGGACGAGCAGCUGGAUGGUGCUGAGAAACCUCACACCUCAGAUUGACGGCUCCACCCUGCGGACUUUGUGCAUGCAGCACGGGCCCCUGAUCACCUUCCACCUGAACCUGACGCAGGGCCAUGCUGUGGUGCGCUACAGCUCCAAAGAGGAGGCCGCCAAAGCCCAGAAGUCCCUGCACAUGUGUGUGCUGGGGAACACCACUAUCCUGGCGGAGUUUGCCAGCGAGGAGGAGGUGAACCGCUUCUUUGCACAGGGCCAGGCGCUCACGCCCACCACCAGCUGGCAGGCCAAUCAGCCCUCGGCCAAUCAGACGCGCAUGGGCGUGGCCGGCUCCUCCCACAACCCCAUGGCCCACUGGACCAGCAGCGGCAGCGGUCUGGGAGCCAACAUCGUAGGAGGUGGAGGGGCUCCUGGGAAGGCGGGGGGCGAAUUGCUGUGGGGGGCCGUGCCGCAGUACUCCAGCCUGUGGGGGCCCCCUGGGGGAGAGGAUGGGAGGGUGGUGGGCAGCCCCACCCCAAUCAACACGCUGCUUCCUGGAGACCUGCUGAGUGGAGAGUCCAUGUAGAGGGAGGGGCGGAUGGACAGACAGACGAAAGUUCCUAAGGCUGCCUGCCCCCACCCCCACCCACAAUCCUCCAUCCUCCAUCCCACUCCACCCAGUCCUUCCAUACCCUACCCUGCCCACACCACCCACCCCACUGCCCUCUGGGAUUACCGGUUGUGGAGGAGUAUUUUUAAAGUUGCAAACAAAAAAAAAAAGAAUAUGACCGACAAACAAACAUAAAAUUCACUUACAGGAGCAAAAAACCAAGCAAAUGUUGUGGUGAUAAUCAGCGUCAAUGGAACUGUAAGAUACGAGACGGGAGGCAGAGGCAAUACAUGUCGUAGAGGCUGCUGACGUUCAUUCUACUUCUUUUGACUUCUGUCCAUUCUUCAGUCCUUGUUUCGUCAAUUCGGUGGAUUCCUGUUUGGGAUUUUUUUUGUGACUUUUACUUUUGUAUGUUUUUGGUCAGUGUUCUCUAAGACUUUGACUGAGAAGAGACACCGGCUACAGACACAACAGGAAAGGGAAACGUUUUUAACAGACUGAAACUCUUCUGAGUACUGGGAUGUGGGUGUGUAUGUGUUUUGUGUGUGUGAUUUUCAUGUGUAUUUUUGACUACAACUGAUGAGACAAGCUGCCAUUUUGAUGAAAAAAAAAUGAAACCAGAAGUCCCCCACCCCUCACUUCCUCAAGGCCCUAUUUGAGUCACCCUCUCUGGCUCUGACCAGCUCCGUAAGACAUCAUUCCAAGCCCAUCCUAGCCGCGGAACCAGUUUCAGCACCUUCUCGGACCGGUCCCCACUGGUUCUGCCGGUUCUGUCGCACUCGCAGCACUUAAACUAGCCUUAACUGCUCCCUAGUGCCCACCCCAAACCCCCAGCCCUCCCGAUCGACACCCCUCCUCAGUGGAUGUUGCCGGUGAAGUAUUGCACAGCCUUGUGUCUGAGCCAGAGCUGGGGUUGGGCGAGUGGGCGGGAGGGUGUCGGACGAGGGGAAUGUGACGCUACCAGAGAUGGGCCAGAUCUCUAACGGUCGGGUAAGGGGACACUCCCCCGUUCCCCUCCCUGCGUCCUGACCUCGGGCCUCGGAUGGGACGCCCACACCCCUCUGCCCUGAUCCCUCGGCCUCCUGCAGGUCACUCCUUAUCACAGUAGUCUGGCAGUGGGUCUGAGCAGGUGUUCUGGGGCCAAGGGCAUGUAUUUUGUGUCUGUAUGUGUGUGUGGGGGGUGUAUGUGUGACAAAUAUCAUGAUCAACCACUGCUCUAUGUUACUUUCAGGAACACUUUGAUUUCUCUGAUGCUGCACAGCUUUUUUUGUUAUCUUUUGUUUGUUUGUUUUUGUUUUGUGUUAUCGAAGAAGUGGACUACUGCAAACAACUCUGGUUCAGUUGGUUCUAUUCCUGCCAACCCGUCAACUUCAAAAGGGGCCAACCACAGCCUCCUCCGUCCAUCCACGCGCCAACCAAACACCGCUAAUGCCAGGCCGUCUCUGAGCGAACCAGGACCAGCACGGCAACCAUCAACCCAACCCAGCUCAACCCUACCUAAGCCUUGUCCUGCUAAACCCUGAAGGCCAACUCAUCUGGUUCCUGAUUCUGGUGGAUGGAAAUUAACUAAGCACUUCAACCACCCUGACGCCCUUAAUCCCAGUCAGCCCAAACCAGCCAUUGUGACCCAGCAUAAACUUCAUAAAGGCCCUUAAAGGCUUCAUACCAAAUAAGACGGGAGACCCCCACCCAUCCCACCCCCCCUUUUUUUUCAUUUUCAUCAAUAUUCCAAUCACGCUUAUUUCUACUUUGUGUAGGCAUACCAGGUACAAAACAAAAUGUACGCUAAUAAAAGACCGAUGGAGGGGAAGGAGGUUGUACCUAUAGCACUUAGUGUCGAGAGCCAAGCUCUACCGUCAAUGCCAACAAAAUCAGUGGAAUGGAGAGGCAAACACUGAGAAAAGGAAUGAACUUCUUAAAAAGCAAUCGACACUGCUUCUCCACAUCCUCUUUGAGGCUGUUCUAUGACUUCUAAAAAGGGUUUGGAAAAAACUCCCUUUUUCUAUUUUUGCUUUUUAUCCCAUCUUAGUCUCAGACCAUGAGGGUUAUUUUUUUUUUUAAGAUAAAAAAAACUAGCAAAAUGAAGGGAAGAUAAAAAAAAAAAAUCAGAAAACAAAGACUGAAAAACAAUAUGAUUGAUUGAUGUUCAGACACGUGAUUUACUUUGAGUGGUUUUGGUCUUUCAAACUUAUCAAAGUUGAAAAAAAAAAAAACAAAUAUCACUGUUGGAAUGCUCUGAAAGCCUUUCCUAAGGAGGACGUAUUUCGGUGUACUGGUGCCAGCCAGGCGAAGUCCCAGCACCCAUUGGGGCCCCCCUGACUGUGGGCUCUCAGCCAAGCCUGUAUGACAAGAGUGGCCAUCGAGUGCCUAUCUGCUGUGGAGCCCGCGGCCCCUGCCACGCGGUGACUCUGCCACUCUGCUCUCUGCCAGCUCCUGCCCUCACCCACCUAGCACACCCUCCGACCGCCAUCCGGUCUGGACCUUUGCGACCCCCCCACCCUACCCAGUCCUCAAGCCUGGCAGAGAGCAGCUCUCUAAGAACUGGCCAAUCAGGUACUACUGUGCCAGCACUCGACCUCAGCUCAAAGACUUGACUCGUACAUUUACUCGUUCCUCUCAUGCAAAGAUCACUUUAGCUGGAGGUGGACAGAUCUGGCGUGUUUUUUGUUUGUGUAUUUGUUUGUUUUUUGUCUUCACUUGUCUGUCGUUUGGAUAAUCGCCAGUGGGUUUUUUUUUUCAUUGUUUUUUUUUCUGUGGGUCAAGGUUGCGGUUAUUCUUGUGAUGGAGUUUUGAAAAAUCAGUCUCUCGGUAUCUUUUGUGUGUUGGACAGAUUGUGUAUGCGUGCUUUGUCCAUGCAGUGGUCUUCAAAGUAGCUGCUCACCAGCCUCUCUCCCUGGCUUCUUGCUGUGUCCACACACACACACACACAUACACACACACACACACACCCACACACGCAAAAACACUUAGGCGAGAGGUGCAACCGCAGUACUGCGCAACCCGUGCUGGGUGUCCACUAAAUCAAUACUACAUAUUUGAACGUCGUCUCGAUACAUUUUCGUUUUUUCUCUUCACUGAUGGACAGAGGUUCUAAGAACAAACCCUGGCAAAAUGUCGAAGGUUUUUUUUGUUGUUGUUGUUGUUGACGACUAUUUUUUGUUUGUUUUGUGUUUUUGAAAGGUUGACAUAGUAGUGGUUAUGCUGGGUGGCCCUUGGCCUGUCACAUCCUCUCCUCUCCUUCUGCGGUGCUCGUGUUUACCACACCCCCAUACAGGUGCUUCUCUCGAAAAGGCAGGCACGGCUCAUUGCCACCCGUCAUCCACUCUCCACUCCAACCGCCACCAACCGCCAGUGCUUUUCUCAUGUCACGAAAGUGAAGCGCGCCUCACUCGCACACCUGCAGCUCGUACUUCUAUGCAAAGACCAAGAGGUGAAUGUUCUAUAUUCAAGCCAUCCUCAUCUUAUUCGAAGCGAUCAGCUAAGAAGCCAAGCAAGUAGCUCUUUUCUUAAUGCACAGAUGUCCUCAGUCCGAGUCUCGCACCUGUAAAAACACCAUGAGUCAUUUGUGGUUAGCUCAUGACAUGAGCCGGUUAGAUUCUAUUGUCAAAACCCAUCCCCCGCCAAACAGACUCGGUGGAGAAGAAGAUCGUUUUAGGUGCAGCUUCCUGUGUAUUUUACUGACGCAGUAUGUUCUGAGGUUCAUGAAAGCCACAACACAAACAGUUGACCCAGGGAUGGAAACGGUUGUUAAGGGUUGUGGAAACUAGACGCCCAGCAGCGCAAGAACAAGGCAAGAAAGAUAUCAGAACCUUUCGCCUUCUCGAGGUCUGUAGAGAUCUCUGACAGAGUAGGGACCCUAUGGGAGAAUGGAGGAGAGGCAGGGCGAUGGGAUGGCAGGCUAUGGGCUACCCAGAGACAAGUAAUGUUUGGUCCCAGUUAUCAAGAACUUUGUCCCUGGGACCAACCCAACGAAACAGGGAUUCCAGAAUGCUGAGGUGCACUGUUGAUGGUCACAUCGGGUACAUCUUUCUUUAAACCAAAAAAGGAGUUGUUUUUCUCUCUCUCUCCUUCGCUCUUUUUAUGUUGGCACUUUUUAUGUCUACUAUUGUGUCUGUAUAUUGAGUCCUUUAGCAUGUGUAAGUUUCAGCAGUAAGCUGAAGUGGUUUUGUCCAAAGGGCCUUCAUCAUCCCCCCAUAGAUCAACUAGCACAGAAGGUUCGAUGGUGGUCCAACAUAUUACACAAAGUUACAUUUCCAUGGAUCAGGAGAGCAGGGACACAUCUCAGUCGUUACCAAGUCUUAACGAGAAGGAAGCAAAUUGUUUCUUUUUUUCCCCCAAUGAUAUUAAUUCAUGAGUGACAUUAGCAACAAUCACUAUUGCCUGUUCUCUGAAACUGCCUUGAUUCUAGACUGGACAUGAGGCCGCAAGAUGGUCCAUGAGAAGUUUUUGUGGUGGUGAGGGAAUGGGCUGGGAUUGGGGCAAUAUUUCAGAGGCCCCCAGGAUUCCGAACUGCUGCACCAGCACUGAGAGGCAGCAUCCUCUUUCUCUUCCUCCCUCUCUCUCUCUCUCUCUCUCUCUCUCUCUCUCUCUCUCUCUCUCUCUCUCUCUCUCUCUCUCUCUCUCUCUCUCUCUCUCUCUCUGCAGCUAGCCCACCACAAGUGGCAAACCAGCUCCCAUUGUGUGCAUGGAAUCAUAGACUCCCUUUUGGGCCACCCCCUUCUUUAAUUUUCAGUGGCACAGAUUCCAGUAACUGGAGGAAUGCCUGCUUCUCAAUCAUAUGUGGAACUGGGGUGGAGGGAGGCCAGUCCUUCUCAUGGAGCGGGGGAUGUGAGCCUCUACCUCCGCAGGGGCUAAGGGACAAUAUGCACACACUGGCUUAUAUAUACAUAAAUAUCUUACAUUUAUGUGAGAAUGGAAAACAAGGUUUGUCCUCUUACAUGAAUCUUCUUCCUUAGGCCCCUGUUUUAAUCACCCAUUUUCAAACUCAUUUGUCCCACUCUCCAUUUCCCAAAAAGAAGUCAAAAGACCUCAAACAUAUCAAUAUGAUACAAGAUAUUGAAAAUAAAACCAAUACUUGAAUGAAAAAGAAAGCGCCAAUAAUUAAAUGUGAAAUCUUUUUUGUAAUAAUUUUGUCUCAUUCAUACACUUCCAAGUUUUUUGAUAUUGGUUCAAAAUAAGUAAAAAAUAAAAAAAAAAGUUUUUUUUUAUGGAAAAAAAUGGCAAAAUUACAUCUGUUUAAUGUGAGUGUUUGCACAAGGUUGUGUGUACUGUACGCUAGAUGAACGUGAUAGUAUGCAUACAUAUGCCAAGAGAGGGUUGGUUCAGACAAGAACGCGUGCUUGCGAUUUACAGCGGAUUACCCGUUUCUUUUAUUUUUUUAUUCAGUGUCUCAUAGUUUUUAGGUUUUUCUUCAUUUUUUUGCGCUCAUGAAAAACAAAAUCCUCUAUAUUCUGAUGUAUAAUGUUGUUAUUAGCUUCUAGCGUUGCACUGACUGUGUCGGCUGACCCUCGUUCAGCUAAUUGUACACCACGAAAUGACAAACAAACUGAGGGGAGGCGGUGACAAUUCACGUGUAAAUGUUUACUCGAGGUCUUCACAAGAUACAAAAAAAGUGUGUUUUCUCUUUGUUAUUAUUAAAUAUGUACUAUGUUAUAUCUACCUUUUAGUGGCUUUUAUUGUGGAAUAAUGUAAGAAAACAUUUUUAAGGUCAGCAGAUAAUGAGUAUUGCACCAGUUUUUUCCCCCUCCCAAUUAUUAAAAGAAAAAUAUUGAAAAAAAAAAAAAAAAAUAAAAUGAUAAAAGCUGUUUAAAAAAAGACUCUUGAACUGUGGCAUAGAUAAACAUACAGAAGUAAAAUGUGUCCUCUCUAUGCCAGAGAAGUACAGGAGGUCAACUGGAGGUGAUUGCAGGACUCAUUUCAGAGGUGCCUACCUUUUGUAGUGUGUUUUCUAGCUUUAUUUUCUGAUGGUUCUUUCCAUUUUAUCUCCUUUGUUGUCCACUCAAGUAUUUGUUAAGCCCCACUGCCCCAUUUUCUCUCUUUGUCAGGCCAUCCACAAUGCGUUUACAAGCAUUUUGUUUCUUGCUGAAGUUAGAUGAAAAGAAUUUUACAAAUGGAAUUGUCAGGUUGAAAACAAACUUUCAAUAUGAAAUGGAUAAAAUGAAAAUAUGAAACGUAAUGAUAUGAAGAUUAUUUUGCUAAUUUCCGAGCUCUGGGACUGAUCAGUGUUGUGUCUGUAUUUCAUGUAUAAAGUUUUAUGUUGUCAUUUUGUUCUGACUGACAGAGCCUGUUCAUGUCUGUGUAUGGACAUUUUUGUUUUUGUUCCUUGGCAAACAAAGGCAUUGUUGCUCACCAUCUUGCACACUCAGAAGAAGAAAAAAAAGUGGACAACAUCUCAGGAUGGCUAGGGCUCUCGAGCACCACCUCCAUGACAUUUUAAUGUUCCUUUUUUGAGAACAAACAAAAAGGACGACAAAAAAUUUUUGUCGAGGGUUAUGAAUUUCAGAAGCAGCAGCAGAUAAAGUUCAUUGUCUCUGAUAAAUCCGUAGCAGAUACAGUACAUAUUUACCAAAUAAUGAACUCUAAAAGAAAAAGAUGAGUGCUUUAUAUAUAUCUAAGAUAUCUAUUAUAUGGAAAAAAAUGCUUUACAUUUUAAACAAAAAUGAUCAAGGAUUUUUGAUAGUGAAAUGGACGGCAAAAUAGACACACAAGUUUGCUGGAUGUUUGCAAUCUCUUGUAUUUUCAUAUGAGGUCCCUUCCUGUCAGAAAUCAGGAGUUUUGUGCAUUAUAAUGUUUGUCUCUUCUCCCAUAAUUUCCCUGUCAUGGCGGGUAUGAAACGACUAAGGAGAGGACUUUCACUGAAGGGUGUCUGCAUCAACAUGGACUAUUGUUUGAUAAGGAAGGACUAAGAUGCUGGUUUUAAAGGAUCAUGAUCUAUGCACAAGUUGUUGGGGGCAUGGGAGAGCACCUUGGGCUUUCCUUAUUAGGGUGUUGCACUUCACCUCUGGAUCCUCUCCCCAACCCAAAAUAAGUCCUUCUUUCGAGUAUAUCCCCCUUUUCCCCACUUUUAUCUUUCAUUGCCAUGCUAUGUAUUCCUAAACCAAUGAACAUUUCAUUGGAGCAGAACACUGUGGGUUUUUAAUGUAGCCCGUCUAAGAAAAAAAAAAAAGAGUUGUAAGGGUGUACUUUUUCUCUGACAGGAAUUAUGGGUAGGGUUUUGGGUAAAAUGGGGUGGCAUUUUUGCCUUUUUUGUUUUACAAUGUCAAGGAAAAUGUCUGUACUGAGAUUUUCAGAGGAUGAGUCAGUGGCUUUGAAUCAUUUGGAUUUUCUUUUCCUUUCUCUCUGUCCUCCUAGAAUGUGAUUGUUGAUGACAUGCAGCAGAAAAAAAUGUUUUCUUGAACUAUCGAGCUUAUUACAAACAGUUAAUAAAUUGCAUUUUUUCUUGG